AUGAGAUCUCUUAGGGAGAACUUACAUCAUGCUCAGAAUCAGCAAAAGAUGUACACUAAUCGGCAUAGGACUGAGAGGGCAUUUGAGGUGGGUGACAUGGUUUUCCUACGCUUACAGCCAUACCGACAGAGCACCCUUAAAGGGGGGGGAGCUAAGAAGCUCAAACCUCAUUUUUAUGGGUCGUAUAGAGUUCUCAGGUGCGUUGGAGAGGUUGCUUAUGAGGUUGAGUUACCACCUGGCAGUAAAAUUCAUAAUGUGUUUCACGUAUCAUGCCUGAAAAAGGCCCUUGGACAGCAUAUUACAGUAUCACCCGAUUUGCCUCCCAUGGAUGAGGAAGGUAAAUUGACUUUGGUUCCUAAGGAGAUUCUUGAGGUGAGGGAACGAUGA